GCCUGCCCGCACCGCCCCUCAGCGCGUCCCGCCUGCGGCCCGCGCGUGCGCGCAGAGACGGCUGGAGUAGGCCGCGGCGCCGCCCGUCGUUGCUGGGCUCCGUGCCGCCGGUUCCCCAGCCCCCGCUCAGGACGCCGGGCGCUCCCGCCGCCGCCGCCGCCGCGAUGAUGAUGAUGGCGCUGAGCAAGACCUUCGGGCAGAAGCCCGUCAAGUUCCAGCUGGAGGAGGACGGCGAGUUCUACAUGAUCGGCUCCGAGGUGGGAAACUACUUGCGUAUGUUUCGGGGUUCCCUGUACAAGAGAUACCCCUCGCUCUGGAGGCGACUAGCCACAGUGGAAGAAAGGAAGAAGAUAGUGGCCUCUUCACAUGAAAACCAGCGGUCUCACAGUCCCAGAAGAUAUCAUGGCUAUACAACAUUAGCCACUAGUGUGACGCUGUUAAAGGCCUCUGAAGUGGAAGAGAUCUUGGAUGGAAAUGAUGAGAAGUAUAAGGCAGUGUCUAUCAGCACAGAACCUCCUACCUACCUCAGAGAACAGAAGGCAAAGAGGAACAACCAGUGGGUGCCAACGCUGCCCAACAGCUCUCACCACCUGGAUGCAGUGCCGUGCUCAACAACCAUUAACAGAAACCGCAUGGGCAGGGAUAAGAAGAGGACAUUCCCUCUGUGCUUUGAUGACCAUGACCCAGCAGUGAUCCAUGAGAAUGCAUCCCAGCCGGAGGUUCUGGUUCCAAUCAGGCUUGAUAUGGAAAUUGAUGGGCAGAAACUCAGAGAUGCAUUUACGUGGAACAUGAAUGAAAAACUAAUGACUCCAGAAAUGUUCUCUGAGAUUCUCUGCGAUGACCUGGAUUUGAAUCCUCUGACUUUUGUCCCUGCUAUUGCCUCUGCUAUCCGACAACAGAUCGAGUCCUACCCAACUGACAGUAUCCUUGAGGAUCAGUCAGACCAACGAGUUAUUAUUAAGCUAAACAUCCACGUAGGGAACAUCUCCCUUGUAGACCAGUUCGAGUGGGACAUGUCAGAGAAGGAGAAUUCACCAGAGAAAUUUGCCUUGAAGCUGUGCUCAGAGCUUGGCCUGGGUGGGGAGUUUGUCACUACUAUUGCCUACAGCAUCCGGGGACAGCUGAGUUGGCAUCAGAAGACGUAUGCCUUCAGCGAGAACCCUUUGCCGACUGUGGAAAUUGCUAUUCGCAACACGGGGGAUGCUGACCAGUGGUGCCCUCUCCUGGAAACCCUCACAGAUGCCGAGAUGGAGAAGAAGAUCAGAGACCAGGACAGAAACACGAGGCGCAUGAGACGUUUGGCCAAUACUGCCCCAGCCUGGUAAUCUUCCUGUUGUGACACUGGUGCUCUUCCUACAGACUUUAUCCCUACUCCUCUCCCCAGAUGGAUCUAGGAUUGGCAGGGGUCUUUGUCCCUGAAGGGGACACACAUUCCACUUGCCAAGAGUUCCCAGUACUGCUGACUUCUACCCCCACCCCCUCCACCUAAAUGCCACGUACCAAGAACGCUGUGUUAGCACAUGAUCUAGCUGAGACCUGUGGCAGCUGUUGGAGCCCUUAUAUACCUGUGUGUGGACAGUGUAAAGAUUCUUUUGUAUAGGUGCAACAUGCACUAUUAGGACAACUUUUUAAAUAAAAGGAAUGCAAACCAC